GGUGAGUCGUAGCCUGGGCUCCUCCUCAUAGUUUAACAGGAGGGGUGGUCUCAAGAAAGUAAGACGCAGCUCACGUUUGGAGGGCCAAGCUGCCUGCUAUUGGAUGUGGAGCUAAGACAUCACCCUCACCAGUAUUACUGCCUCCGAAUAAAUUGGGGGAUUUCUGCUGUUGUAGCUGCCUGUAAAAACUUGUCCCACCAAAAGAGAGAAAGAGAACGACGUUACCAGCUGCACAGUGGUUUAAUUUGAUGUAUUAUUCAUAAUAUAUAAAACAGAGGAGAGGCAUGCAUUUCUUUGCAAUAACGAAAAGUUCUGCUACACACAGAGUAAGAAGAUACAUCUUCAGACUGCUUAUGAUAAUGGCAUGCUAGUAACAGCAGAACGAGUAUUAACUUUUUCUUGUGAAGACCACCCGUGCUGUCUGUCAAGGGUGGUAAAGCAGAGAAUAGCAGCAGCUUGUGUGAUUAAGAACAAAACUACAAACUCGUCCUGAAUAGUCACUUUUUCAAAACGGUUAUUAGGAGGGUCACCUCUUUGCAGUCGGAAGACAAAAUGCAAUGCCUGGAUUUAUUAUUCUCCUGCGCCCUAAACUUGGGCAGGGGAAACUGAGAAUGAAUAUAUUGUCGUUCACUGGAUGCGGAUCAUUUCAUAGUGUUUAAACGUUGGUCCCUUUAUCACAAAUGAAUAAGAACAGCAGCAGUUUUAAGAUGAAACGUUAUAUGUGGUUAUCACUACCAUAUACCUCCAAGUCAUUUCAGCGGAAGGCAGAACCGAACUCAAGUGAUCUGUUUUCCACUCUGUAUGGGUUCCCCAACCGCACUGGCUGGUGGGACCUGGGGGACUUGGGAGAAUUCGACAAGGGCACCAAAUACGAGGCGGAAUCACAGAGUCCCACGGUGCAGUCCUUACUCAUUGUUGCCUACUCGGUCAUCAUCGUUAUCUCGCUUUUCGGAAAUAUCCUGGUGUGCCAUGUCGUGAUCAAGAAUAAGAGGAUGCAUUCGGCUACUAGCCUUUUCAUUGUCAACCUGGCAGUGGCGGAUAUCAUGAUCACCUUGCUCAACACCCCUUUCACUCUGGUUCGAUUUGUAAGCAGUACUUGGAUAUUUGGAGAACUCAUGUGCCAUCUAAGUCGGUUUGUCCAGUACUGCUCAGUACACGUGUCAGUGUUGACUCUCACAGCCAUUGCAUUAGACAGACAUCAGGUCAUAAUGCAUCCCCUGAAGCCGCGGAUGUCCACUGUUAAAGGAGUUGUCUGCAUUGCUGUUAUCUGGGUCAUGGCAAGUUGUUUCUCUCUGCCUCAUGCUAUCUACUACAAGCUACAGAAAUUUGAAUAUGGGAAUAAAACAGUAAGGAUGAUUUGUCUUCCAAGUUUUCCUAAGCCUCCUCACCUUUACUGGAAGGACCUGGACUUAGCCACAUUUGUACUUCUCUAUGUUUUACCUUUGCUGGUCAUCUCAGUUACAUAUGCAGUGGUGGCAAAGAAGCUCUGGAUGAGAAAUGCAAUUGGAGACAUUACUGUGGAACAGUACUAUGCACAUCGGCGAAAGAAGAAGAUGACUCUAAAAAUGCUUAUGCUUGUCGUAGUUGUAUUUGCAGUCUGUUGGUUUCCACUGAAUUGCUAUAUCAUUCUCAUUUCUAGCAAGGUUAUCAAUAACAAUAAUGCAAUCUAUUUUGCUUUUCACUGGUUUGCUAUGAGCAGCACUUGCUACAAUCCAUUUAUCUACUGCUGGUUGAAUGAGAAUUUCCGUUCUGAGUUAAAGUCGUUGCUCUGCGCAUGCCGGCGACAACGUACAGCUCAGAGUCAUGCAUUACAGUGUAUUUCUCCACCUUACAGACAUGCCUGGACUGAAAGCUGUAACUACAAAAGAGGUAAUCCAACUCAAAGUACAAGGUCCACUUCAAAUAUAAACUCUGGGAGGACAGAUAUUUCAGUGGUUGAGCCAAUUGUGGCAGUGAAUUAAGAAGACAUAUUUUUUAUAGUACUGAAAAUGUAAUUUAAAUACCAGCAUUAAUUUCCUGAUUACUUAUGACUAUUUUCAAGCAUUAUGAAACAGUCAGAUAUUUCUACAGAGUUUAUACAGGAAGACAGCUUUUGGUCUGUUGUAUAAUACAAAGACCACAAGACCAACUAUAUGGACAUUUCUCGAGAGUAAAUAUAUAUUUUAUAUAUUUAACAAUUUUGUAGACACAUUUUUUUGAUAUUACUGGUUCAGUAUAAUCACUGUAAGCCAUUAAUUAUUAUUCCAGAAAUAAAUGUAAACAAUCUGAUAUUCUGGUUUCUGUACCAAAUCUAGCUUGCCAGUUCACAUCACUAUAAAAGAUUUCCACAAACAAAACAUGUAACUUGUUCAUACGU